CGCCAAUUUUCGCGGGAAAUGUACAUCUUCCAGAAAUCCUUUCGAAUAUCCAAGUUUACCAUGUUGGAACGACCAUAAGAGUGAAACGUUUGUGCGAGAUUGUGCCACAAAUAGACCAAGGAUGGUCCAAAUAUUGAUAUCUAUGUAAGAGCUGUGUAUUUCCUCCGUCGAUCAUAGGGUUUUCUUAGUAACGAAUUUGUAUUUGCAACGAUGGUCGGAGUUCAUGUUGUAAACAGUUGUCGAUUGAGCAUUCUUUUUGUCUGCAUUGAACCGCAACUGACUGAACAUGCUUCAUACAGGUCCCAUGAUGUGGAUAACUGGACGAUAAUCGAACUUCAAGGAACGUUAGAGGCAAAAGAAGAAGUCAGUUUAGAAGGGAAAGCCAUCGGUGACUUACAUUUCGAUGGAAAGGUCGGUGGAUCGUGAUGUGAUGUUCGUUCGUUCGUUCAUGCAUUAAUUUACCAACGGCCUUUAUUUUAUGUUUUGACUUGCAAUCCUGCACUUAGCUUUUCUUUUUUGCCCAAGGAAGUUUGCUAAGAAUUUUAAAGUAAGUGUUGUUCGGUUUUUUUUUUGGGAAGGGUAAACGAUACAUUAUGUGGAUGAAAGCGUAGUAAAAUGAUUGCACUGAUUUCCCCUCUACAGCUAAGGGGACGGUCAUUUAUUAGGGACCUUUAGCAAAACAUGACGGCGACGGCAACGAGGAUGUGGCAAAAUAAAAGAUCCAAUGAGCAGAAAAGUAGCUCAGCACCUGCAUUCUGCAAAACAACAACGUGAAAUCAUCAAAAUUUGCGUGGCUUCUCAAUACCUUUUUUUGUGACUGCAUGAAAUUCUGCAUCCUUUUCAAUUAAAUUAUUCUCGCUUUAGAUCAUUAGCUUCAGUGAAUAUAUUUGUUUCUGUUUUAGAAACCUGUGAUAACGGAAUAUUCAAACUCACAUUUUGAGGAAGCUGUCACAUUUAACCCUUUAACGUCCCGAAGUGAUUAACUUGUAACCUCUCCCUAUAAUAUGCAUACAUUAUCCAACAAACAGGUUAUGAGAAUAAUCAAACUUAUCAGGUAGAAGUGUCUUGAUCUAACACUAAAUUCUUGUUUACAAGGAAAUGUCUAGCAGUUAGAUGGGAGAAUUAAUAAUUAGAUCUUUGGAGUUAAAAGGAUUUUAAAAAAAUUAGCAGUGGGUUGGCUAUAGGAGGGGAGCACUUGUUUGAGUAGAGAUGGGAAGUAAAGGAUUCAUGACAUCCUCUCAUUGACCUUAUAGGGAACACCCAUGCUUAUCAUUGGUCACCAUCUUCUCACUGGUAAGGUUGUUGAAUUAGACAAACCAUAUGCUGUGCUUUACAAGAAAACAAACAAUGAGGAUGAAGACAAUAAGGAAGGUGAAAUACACUAUGAUGUGUGUGCUCUAGUAAGGAAGAAAAUCAUCUUCAAGACCAGACCCAAGCCAAUUGUGUUUAAAAAUGUUCCAAUAACCAGGUGAUGUUGGAAAUUAACAUGGUUGCGCAAACUUGUUCAUCAGUGACAUUGUAAUAGGGAAAAGAUUAAUUGACGUCUAUUAGAUUUUGAAACAUUACUGGAUUCUUCAACUCCUCAGAGUGACUAGCAUCUAAAUUUUCCUCACAAUAUCACCCCUGAAUUACACAUCGAGGGAGUGAAAUCAAAGGAAAUGAUCACCAACUAAGGAAGCUCUUGAUUGUUAAACCAAUCCUCCUUUUCAGCACUCAGGAAAUGUACAGAGAACAGUAUGGAGAAUAUGAAUGCUGAUGUUAGGGUGUAAAGGGUGAAAAAAUUGUGAUAUCUGUACUCUAUUACAACUUAAUAUCAUUUGUGGAACCUAUGACAAUCAAAAUAACUUAAUUUUUAUAGAAAAUACAUUUUCACAAUGGCGUCAUUUGAUGAUUACCAGAAUCCUUCCUUUUCCUGUGAAAGUGUCAUCAUCUGUUUAACCUCAAUUGGUUAAUUAAAUUAAAAUCUAAAAGGAAACCGGAAUGAACAAUGGUAUUUACAAUCAAAUGACAACAUCAUAAAAAUGUCCUCUCAUGUUUGUUUAAACUU